GGCAAGACCAUUCCAAACAACAAGAAAACAGUAGAAAUAGAAAAGUGACUUGUCCCCUUUAUUCCUGUGUCCUGUAAAAAGAAUAAAUCGUAUUCCUGUAUCCUGCACAAACAAAUUUGCUGAAUACUUACCUGAUAAAAACUGUGCCCAAGAAGAAAAAGUAUAGACUAGCUGAAAGAAUGUCGGAAAAUAAUUCCAAUUUUGAUAGUAACGGAGUCCGUGAUUACAAUACAGACUCGCAAGACGUUCCAAUGGCAUUGCCCACUCAAAGUAGUCCGAUGGGUGGAUCAGGAGCGGGACAAACAAACUCCAACUUUAAUUCCAACAGCAAUCACAAUUCCACUUCACACAACUCGAAUACAAAUUCAUCUAAAACCACCAACAAUACCGAAAGUCAGCCGAUCCUUUCAAAGCCACGUCUUCUAGAACUAGUUCGAGAAGUCGAUGCUACUGCACAACUGGACGAGGAUGUUGAAGAACUGCUUCUACAAAUUGCGGAUGAUUUUGUUGAAGAUGCAAUCAAGUCGACUUGCGCUUAUGCCAAACACAGAAAAGUCUCAAAAGUAGAGGUAAGAGAUGUGCAAUUGCACUUGGAACGCAAAUGGAAUAUGUGGAUUCCUGGCUUUGGCACAGACGAAGUCAGACCUUAUAAGAGAGCUUCUGUGACCGAAGCACACAAACAGCGAUUGGCGUUGAUUAGAAAAACUAUUAAAAAAUACUAAAAUCUCAUUUUCUAGAAAAUAAAGUCCUAGUAAAAAGUCAAAGUCUCGGUUAUAAAUAGGAUUCUUCAUUGUUUUUUAGUUAAAGUCCUAAACUUUAUGUAUUCCCAAGUAA